CAACUUAUUCAAGCAGAAUGAAAACAUAAGCAUCCAUAAAGUCUGGUUUAUGCCUAUGGAACCAUGACAGAUGAGAGAAGAAGAAGAAGAAGCAUUCAACCGGGCCAAUUGAUUUUUCUCCGUUUCUUGGCAAUAAAUGCCAAGAGGGAAUGUUAAUUUGUAUUUUGGUCGCAUUAAUUUUCAAAAAAAAAUUUCAUUAAAGACAAAAAUUGAAGAGCCCCGACGGGGGGAUUUUGCAUUGGAAGUCCCCUAAUGGUGGCUGCACGAUAGCGAGCCGUCUGUAUGAGGAGAAAUAACAAAAACAAAAUGUUAAAAAACUCCUCAAAACAGACGGCUGCCAGCUGUCUACGGGGAAAGCACCUUUUUAUAAAGGUCAAAGGUCAUAACUACGGACGCCAAAACAACGAUUCAUGAAAUAGCAAGUUCGGAAUUUAGAACAAUUUUGUUUAAGUUAUGAUGUCACAGCCCACGGAGCAUAUGGAACAAGCAUCACAUGGCCAUCCCCAACCUGGACCUGGUGGCGAUACAGACCAAAGGACCGAAAUAGUGCUGGAUCCAAAGGCGAUACGUGACUCGAAACAAGAACAGGAUGCAGAGCAUGGGAGGGAAGACCCUCCAUCUCCUGGAGUUUUGCAGGAGAAGCACUCUAAUGAUGAAGGCAUGGAGAAUGAGGAUCAUGCAGGAGUAAGUGAGGGUGACAAGCAUCACCAAGUAGGAGCUCUUGAUGGAGAGAGAGGGACAUCUGCAGCUCCUGAAGAUGUAGCCAAGGAUGCGGAUCAAGUCCCUGACAGAAGAGAGAAAAACGACACAAAUUCUAAUUCUACGACUGAACAGGAGGAACACACUGUAUCAGGAACUAAAGAGGUUGAUUCAGACGAGAAUGAUAAUAUCAAAGCUCUACUGGGUCGUGACCUUCAUCACUUGACACGACCUGAGAGGUCGAUCCUCUACCGAGAGGGCGCUAGACGCCAAGAAAAAGGUAAUAUGGAGGGAGCCCUCAAGUGUUAUCUUGGAGCCAUCACGGGUCUGGCGGAGGGGUCUUCAUUUGAUGAGCUACCAAAGUGCCUUCACGCCAUAGCUGAUGUUUACUUUGAGAAGAAGGAAUAUGAAAAAGCUGUAUAUUUUAUCCAGGCAGAGAAAAUGUACUAUGAAACAGCUCUGAUAGACAUUGUCAGUCUGCCGAAAGAUACAGACUCUAAAGCUGAGAACAGACAAAACGUUGAGGAUGGUGAUGGAGAACAUCAUGAUCAACAAUAUAUUGAAUGGUCUGAUAAGGAGACUUGCCAUGAGAAAAAUGGAUACCCUGACGAUGACCUUUCACCUGGCGCUAAGAAAGGUCAAGAAUUUGAGAAUUUGGCUAGACUCUGUCUCCGGGAGGGGAAGCUACAGCUUGCUCUUGAUUACUGUGGGAAAGCAACCAAGAUGUAUCAGACCGAAUACGGAGAAGAUCAUCCCAUCACCGUUGCUGCACUGGAUCUAUUUACUGUCAUAUAUGCUGAUGUAGGCAAGAAGCUAUAUUCAGAUGCUAUGCAGAAGUUUGAGAAGGAAGAGGAGGAAUUGAAGUCUGAAAGAUCACAUGAUGUGUCACCUGACAAUAAUGAACCAGAACUAAGGCAGAGAUUUACGAGCACUGAUAACAAAGAAGUGAAUGGUGUUGAAGACAGGACAAUAGAUGAAGGGGUUCAUCGAGGAGAACUGGAACCGACUUCACUCGAGGAUCGAGAUGAUUGGGUCAUGACGGUCCUUCUCAUGCUGAUCUUCUUCUUGGCAACCGUUUUCAUCGUCAUAGUGAUAUCGUCGAUCUACUGCUAUAAUAACAACAGGACGGGUUACUGCGCGCAGACAAGGGGCGACAUCAAUUACUGGUACAUGUACGGCAGACAGGUCAUUCACAAUAUCAGGAAAAGUUUCAGAUGAAGAAUCCUCGACCAGUUGCUAAAGCCACUGCCUCACCUGUUGGGCGUUUCAUUUAAAGCUGUUACAAUUUUAUGAGCAACUGGUGACCCUCUCUUGUGGUAAAUGAUAUUCACCAUUAACCGUUCAUUGGUGAUUAUGAAGCACGUAAGAAAGGUUCACCAGUCAUUCUUUAAGUUGCCCUUAACUUUAUAUGAACAGCUUUAUCAACAAUUUUUACCAGAGACUGGUAACCCUUUCUUGUUCUGAAUGAGGUAAGAAAGGUUCACCAGUCAUUCUUUAAGUUGCCCUUAACUUUAUAUGAACAGCUUUAUCAACAAUUUUUACCAGAGACUGGUAACCCUUUCUUGUUCUGAAUGAGGUAAGAAAGGUUCACCAGUCAUUCUUUAAGUUGCCCUUAACUUUAUAUGAACAGCUUUAUCAACAAUUUUUACCAGAGACUGGUAACCCUUUCUUGUUCUGAAUGAGGUAAGAAAGGUUCACCAGUCAUUCUUAAACUCGCUCUUAACUUUAAUACCAACCGCUUUAUCACCGAUUUUUACGAAAGACUGGUAACCCUUUCUUGUUCUAAAUGAUAUCGCUAUGUGCAAAUAGGUGACAUGUUGAUGAUUACUGAUGAAAAGACGCUUCUGCUAUGUCUGUGGCUCUCACUUUUGACAGUUUGAUAGCAGGGCCCUGGGAAUGGCUUUCUUAUGAGGGAUGCUGAUGUACAUAAAUUUGACAAGCAAAAAAAAAGUGGGUUUCACCACAAAAUGAAAGUCAUUUUAUUUUGGUUCCUGCAAAUGUGACAAGCAAAAAAAGAAAAAAGUUUCACUAAAAAUGUACUAGGUCCUUUGUGUUAUAUUUAUUGAUUUUGCCACACCUACCAGGAAUUCCAGGGGAUGCUGCCUAUGUAAAAUAACACCCCCGCUUCCCAGGGCCAUGUUGGAUAGUUCCGUCCAUUUCAAAGAUCAGAGAUCAUUUUCCGUCCAUAUACAGGUUUAUGAUUCACUAUUUGCGCACUUGUGAAAAUAAGGGGUCGGACUGGUGACACAACAUUUGCUCCUGCGACAUUUGCUCUAGUCUAUCUCAGAGGUAAUAAGAGUUUUUGGUUCAGAAUAGUGUAUAGAUCAAGAUUUAGGCCCGUAUUCUGAUCUCAGGUUUAAAUUGAACCCUAGUUUAAAGGUGUAGUUUAACUAUGGAAAGCCAAUUUGGGCACAAAUCCCUAACAGUACACAUCCAAUUUAUUAACUCAUUUGACACUCAUAUUGUCCAUAAUUAUGAAAAAUUAUGAAAACGAAAGGAAACAAAAUAGUAAACAAUAUACAACAAAAACAGAAUUUUUGGCUGCCCAAAAUUAUUGUAGAGUUAGACCUUUGUCAAGUUAAACCUGACUUUAAAUUACGGGCCUAUGGGUUUAUUUAGUUUUUGAGGUUAGAUUUUAUGUGUUGCUUAAAGUGCAGAUUUUCUUUCGGAGCAAUUGUCUCCGGAGCAAAUGUAAUGGAACUGUCAGAGUACAUUAUACUUUUCACACAAAUGACUUGUUAGUAUGAAGUACAUGUAUAUAACGAAUGUCCUAACAAAGUAAUGACAAUUUUGUUAGACAUUGAUUGAAAUUUGGUGGGGGGUGUUUGUUGAAGUGAUUGUUCAGUGAUAUUCAUUGGCAGCUGUUGUAAGCUCCUGAAUAUCUUGUAUAUGAUUGAUUUAGAGCAAAUUUGUAAGUGAAAAUUAUUGAACACAUAAUAAUGAAACAUCCCCCUUAUAUCUUGUUUAUUGCAGACUGAACUGAAAUAGAAUAGACAACAUUUACUUUUUUUAACCCCCCCACUAUGAUGUUUUGGCUCUAAAAAAUAAAGUAUGUCCAUGUUAUUUACAUGGUUUUGUCUCUUAAGUUUAGGGGUUACAGGUUUUAUUUGUCUUCAUGAAGUUUUGAAGAUAAACAGCAAUUUGAUUCUGAAAACAAAAUUGAGAAUUUAUGCAGGGGGAGGGGGGGACACACUCCAAUGUAUUAACCUUAUCUAGGCCAGGGGGGGGGGGGCUCAGAGGCCCCCCUCAAAAAUUUGCGCAAUAUUUUCGCCGUGCGAAAUUUUUUGAUCGCGCUGCUGCUGACUUUUUACUUUCAAUUCUUGCACAUUUUUUUGACCAAAUUUGCAAUGCCCAGGUACGCGGUUCCGAAAUUAUGCAACAUUUUGUAACUGCAUGUCAAACCAAAAUUUGCGUGAUUUCAUGUACAAAGUCAAUGUGAAAUGUGUUUUCAACAAAAAAUCAUAAAGUAUGAUUAUUUUUAGUUUUGCUGGUCUAAAUGGAUUUAUUUUAUGCUGUUUGUGAUCUUAUUAGAGUCCCAGACAAAGUUCAUCGAAAAAACAAUGAAAAAAAGGACCAAAGGAAUACAUAUGAAAUUGCAAAAACUAAUACAUAAAAAAUUGAUCUAAUAUCACAUUUUUUUCACAUACAUUUGCUAAGAACACCACAAAGAGUUUCUGCACCAAAAAUUAGAACAAUUGGAGCUUCAUUUAGGGAGUUAGAGGACAAAAGUAUGAGUUUGCAUACUAAUUACGCAAAAAUUAGCAUAAUCAAUUAAUGGCAAUUUGCAUGAAAUAGAUUAAUAUAGAAUUUUGUAGAUUAUAUCCCAGACAACCUGCAUGGCAAUUUUCAGCACGAGAUCUCAAGGGAACCCGCCCCCUCCGGCCAUAUGAUCUCCCAAAAUACCCCCGCCUAGAUAGGGUUAAGCAUGUCUUACCCUUCUGUACAUGUAAUCCAGAUAUGAGGCUCAGAAAUAUUGCUGCCCCCUCCCCCAUGAUGUCCAAAAGUUACCUUAUAACAAUUUUUUGCCGUGCAUGUAUCUCUAUGCUUUAAAAACACGAUGUGAAACAUUGAUGGGGAGGUGCACGUUGACCUCCAGUCCUUUUGGGGUUAACUAGACGAACUGGAUAUCUGCCUGUUUUCAAUAAAUAACUAAAUUCUCCAAUUGAAUGAUAUAUACUUUAAAAAAAUUGUGUCAAUUCCUUAACUUGUACCUUGCUAAAUUCAACUCUUUUAUAUUAUAUUUAUAGAUGUUUAAUGCAUUGUUAAUUAUUUGUGCUCUUCUUUGUACAUUCGUUUAACUUUUAAUAGUAGUCUUUCAUGUUGAGCCAAUUGCAAAGUAUAGUACAUUUUGAUUUUAUGUGUUUUAUAUUUUGUUCCUUUUGGAAAUAUUGAUGAUUAUUUAUUGUUACAUUGUAUGUGACUACACAGAUUUUGUAAUGUUUAUAAAUUUUGAUUAUUUAAAUGAAAAUAAACUCAUGCAUGCCAUUUUCUCUUAAAAACCUCAUGUCUUGUCUAAUGACUGUAUUCAAAGAUGAUCGACAAAGAACAGCUGGGAGGUCUUUGUUGAAACUUGGUGAACCGGUUGAGGAGCAGAAUUCAGCGAUGGCAACAUGUUGCAUGUAUUCACACAUAAUAUUUUACAUAUUAUCAUGUCCAGGAACAGUGGUUGCAUUUGCUGCCCCACGGAAAGUCACAAUUUUAGUGACCAUCCCACAGUCAAACAGGAUUUUGGUAAUCUUUGUAGCUAGGAAAUUUCAAAUAUGUUGUUUGUCCAGAGCCGAAGACAAAACUGCCGUUUUGAAUCACUAAUUUUCGACAAAGAAUUCUCGAUUGUGUUUGUUGUGAAGGGCACCUGACAAUGUAUUUAUAUGCAUUUUUGUCCUUGAACCCUUCAUACCUCACAGAGUUAAAUCGCCCUUUUAAUUUAUGCCCAAUACACUACACAUUCUCUCAAAGUGUACUUGCCCAUUUCUCUCUUUAUUUCUCUUCCUCUAUCUCUCCCUCUCUCAUAUCUCUGUAUUUUUUUUAAAGUCUACUUGCUUCCCUCUCUCCUGCUCUCUCUCUCUUAGCUCUCCAAGUCUUUGUCUCUUUCUACUUAAACAUUUCUUUUAUUUCUUCUUUUUAUCUCUAUCUUCUCUUUGCAAACUUGAUAAAUUACCCUGUAAAAAAAUAAUUACACUAAUGUGAAACAAACUUUGUGCUUGACACAAAAACAAUUUUAAUCUGUUUGAAUAUUCAUGCCUAAACAGUCUAUUCAGAAUGCGACAAUACAAAUACAUGUACAUCAUUACUAUCAAGUUGAUAUCUACAAAAUAAUUAUAUUGGUCUCCUUUGCAAGUGGACCAUACACAAACCUAGCUUUUUCAUGAAUAUCCAUGACCUGUAUAACAUAACAUUCAAGUUUCAUAGUAAGUCUAUUACAAGCCAUGUAUAAAAUGGUACAUCAAUUGUAAAUAUUGAUUGUACCUCUUUAUCUCAAAUUAUUAGGCUUCUUUCUUAGAAUUAUCAAUGCGAUACACUUCUGUAAGUUUGAAGAGUUUCAAGAAAGUAUCAAAAUAAAUAAGGUCACAAGCUU